GCCGCGCCGCGCCGCGCCGCGCCGCGCCGGGAAAGGAUCGCUGCUACUACAAUACUAACUCGAGCCACGAGUGCCCGCUCCAUCCUCGGCCUGAUCUUUCGCGUGGACCGGGCGGACUAAUUAUGCGAGCCAAUGGAUGUUAUGGACCGCAGAAUGAGACGUGAAACAGCGUGGAGUCGAGUCGCGCGUGGAAGGAGAGGAACGUUCCAGUCCGAAGGACUAUUCACGAUUCAAGGGACGGGGACCUGUCCGCUCGGUGAUCUUCGAUAAGGAGGAGGCAAGAUCGAUUCGCAUCGCGAUCGGUAUUAUUGCGGAAGAACGAGCGAGGAUUAUCCCGGCGAGUCGAGCCGGACCGCAAUUAUCUCUGGUACUUAACGACUACGGCUUGCUCUCCGUUCCGGGACAAAGAGAAGGAUGACGAUGCGUGGAAAUGGUCCACUCGUGAUCCUGCAGUCGCUGAUGGUCGCAGCCGCCGCCGCCGUCACGACAGUACCGGGGACUUGGAUAAACCUGGGUCUGCGACACUUGCCGCAACUGGAAGAGGCACAGUCGAUGGAGGCGUUCGACACCAGUGCCUCCACGGUCUGCGUCGGUCUGCGGGGCCUGUCCCAGGGUCAGGGGAAGCUCUGCCAGCUGUCCGUGGACCACAUGUUCAGCGUGGCCAAGGGCGCGAAGUACGGCGUGAUGGAGUGCCAGCAUCAGUUCAGGGACAGGAGGUGGAACUGCUCCACCGUCCACGACGAGACCGUGUUCGGUCCGAUACUCAGAAUAGCGAGCAGGGAAACCGCAUUCGUUCAUGCGAUCACCGCUGCCGGAGUGGUCUACUCCAUCAGCCGUUCAUGCCGGGACGGUCAGCUCUCGUCGUGCGGCUGUUCCAGGAGUAGCAGGCCGAGGGAUCUGAAUCGCGACUGGAUCUGGGGCGGAUGCGGGGACAAUCUCGAAUACGGCUACAAAUUCACGCAGGCAUUCGUUGAUGUGCGGGAGCGGGAGCGCAGCUUCAAGCGAGGCAGCCGGGAGCAGGGCAAGAGUCUGAUGAAUCUGCACAACAACGAGGCUGGGCGCAGGGCCGUCAUCAAAAGGUCCAAGGUGACGUGCAAAUGUCACGGCGUUUCUGGAAGCUGCAGCCUGAUCACCUGCUGGCAGCAGCUCGCGUCGUUUCGCGAGAUCGGCGAUUUUUUGUUGGACAAGUACGACGGUGCGACCGAGGUCAAGGUAAAUCGGCGCGGUCGCUUGUCGAUGCGAGAUCCUAGAUUCUCCGUGCCGACUGCGAACGAUUUGGUCUACCUGGAUGACUCGCCGAACUACUGCCUUCCGAAUGACACUCUGGGAUCACUAGGCACACAGGGCAGAUUAUGCAACAGAACUUCCUCCGGUAUGGAUGGAUGCAAUCUUCUUUGCUGCGGUAGAGGAUACAACACGCAGAAGUCGACCGUCAGAGAGAGGUGCGAGUGCAAGUUUCACUGGUGUUGCUUCGUUGAGUGCAAGACCUGCGUAAAAAAUAUCGAUAUACACACUUGCAAAUAGCGCGUUACUAUUUAUUUCUUUAUUUCCCGUAAUUUCUUCCCGGACUUGUCCUCGUAUUAUCGAAGGUAUUUAUAGCUGACAGUUAUAUUCUGGUAAUAACGGCAUUAUCGUUUUACAGUCAAUGAAUUUUGAACGAUGACUGUUCUUUCUUUAAAAUCUACUUAGUGGAAUCUUUUUUCCGCGAGUAUGCGUGUAUGAAUGUUUAUGCAAUAUUAUCGCGAUAGCUUUUCAGUGCUAAAAGGUAAACUUUGUCAGAAUAUUAGGUAAUCUAUAUUUUAUUGUCCGUUUUGUCAUAAAUUAUUUGUGGCCUACGAAAAAAAGCUUAAGCAAGUAAAAAAAUUUUUAAUCGUGUGUUCGUAGAAAUUAAGCGUUUCACAAACGACUUAUAAUUGUUGAAUUGAUGCAUUUUUUUAUUAAGAGAGAUAAAGUGGAAUAUGAACUUCAAUCGCAUUUAAAUUCUCAUGAAAGGUGUAUCGUGUUGAAUUAAUAUGAUUGAGUAUAGCUAAUUGAAAAGUUUUUUAUUAGCACGAUUUAACGAUAACGCAUUGAGAUACAUAGAUGUCUCAUCUUGCUUUAUCUUGCACAUUUUAAAAGGAAUAAAUAUUUAUUACUCAUUUAAUUAUGUCGCGUGAUGCGAAACACAGCUAAAUUAUUUUGAAUUUAUCAUUACAUCGGUCUUUACAUAUGUAGUUGCAAUAAUUAUUUAAUAUAUAAAAAAAUAGUGAUGUAAAUUAUUUAAAAUGUUUACUGUAUUUUAUUUAUUUGCUCAAAGUGAGCGAUUUAAUUUAGCAAUCUGCAAGAUAGCGCGGAUAAAUAAGUGACAUUGUGGAUCUUUUAAGAAUACUUAAAGACUUAAGAGAGAUACUUAAAAAUACUACAAAUAAAGGCAAUUGUCUGAAUAUAUAUAGAAUAUUAUCGUUAUUAUAUGCAAACAUCAGAGAAUGAAAGGGAGAAAAUCUGAUUUUAGAAAACUGAAAGAAAUCCAAAAUUAUUUUUCUAAUGUACAUAUACAGAAUGACACAGGAAUAUUACUAAUAUUACUAAUACUUAUGCAAUUUGGACAGAUCUAUUAAUUCUUAGAAUUAUUUCUGUAUCAACCUGUACAUGUACGUAUACUUAACUAAAAUUUUCUAUUACAGUCAUUACAAUAAGAAAUCACGUAACAACAUUCCAUUCACAUUGCAUCUGAGGGAAUGUACUUGCCUUAGGUAGUGACAUAGCUUCUAAGUAAUAGUAUUACAGUUCUAGCAGACUAGCAGAUAGUUUAUUUAACAGCGAUACAAUUAUUUAUUUUUACUCCUAGAUACUGUAAUGUACAAAACCUGGUAUUUCACAGUAGAUAGACACUAAGAUAAUAAAAUAUCUUAUAUCAAUCA